AGGUCAUAUACUGAGUAUAGUUUUUUAGAAAGCAUAUAGCUCUAUAACUAUACAUUUAAAAUGCCUAUUUUACUUUUCCUGAUAGACACGUCCGCUUCUAUGAAUCAGCGCACUUAUUUGGGUACGACGUAUCUGGACAUUGCUAAAGGCGCGGUUGAGAUCUUUAUGAAGCUGCGUGCCCGAGACCCGGCUAGUAGAGGCGACAGGUACAUGCUAGUUACAUUUGAUGAUCCACCAUACGGAGUGAAGGCGGGCUGGAAAGAGAAUCAUGCUACAUUCAUGAGUGAGCUGAAGAACCUGCAGGCAUCUGGACUGACAACACUAGGUCAUGCCCUCCGAGCGGCCUUUGACCUGCUCAAUCUCAACAGGCUUGUCUCAGGCAUCGACAACUAUGGCCAGGGCCGGAACCCGUUCUUCCUGGAGCCGUCAGUAAUAAUCACUAUUACAGAUGGGAAUAAACUGACACACAGCUCUGGAGUCCCUGAUGAGCUGCAUCUGCCUCUCAACUCUCCGCUGCCAGGCAGCGAGCUGACUAAAGAACCCUUUCGCUGGGACCAGCGCCUUUUUGCCCUGGUGCUGCGUUUGCCAGGGGCAGCGGUGCCAGACAGUGAACAGCUGGGUAGCGUGCCCACCGACGAAUCCGCCAUCACCCAGAUGUGUGAGGUUACUGGAGGUCGUUCAUAUUGUGUGAGGACACAGAGAAUGCUGAACCAGUGCUUGGAGUCUCUAGUCCAGAAGGUUCUGAGUGGAGUGGUUAUCAACUUUGAAAAAACGGGUCCAGAUCCUCCCGUCAUAGGAGAAGACGGAGUGGUGGAUCCAUCUCGCCCGCUGUCAUCGCUGACCCCCCAGCCCUGGCACAGCUGCCACAAGCUCAUCUACGUCCGGCCAAACCCCAAAACCGGGGUACCCGUGGGCCACUGGCCAAUCCCAGAAUCCUUCUGGCCAGACCAGAACUCCCCCACUUUGCCUCCUCGCUCUGCCCAUCCUGUGGUGCGUUUCUCCUGCGUGGACUGUGAGCCGAUGGUGAUUGACAAGUUGCCCUUUGACAAGUACGAGCUGGAGCCAUCGCCUCUCACUCAGUACAUCCUGGAGAGAAAGUCUCCGCACAUGUGCUGGCAGGUGUUUGUGAACAGCAGCGGCAAACACAGCGAUGUCGCUCACCCCUUUGGCUACCUGAAAGCCAGCACUACGCUCACCUGUGUCAACCUCUUCGUUAUGCCUUACAAUUACCCUGUCCUCUUACCGCUUCUUGAUGAUUUGUUUAAAGUGCACAAGCUGAAGCCAAACCUUAAGUGGAGACAGGCUUUUGAAAUCUACCUAAAGUCAAUGCCCCCUUACUUUCUGCUGCCACUGAAGAAGGCGCUAAGGAUGAUGGGAGCCCCAAAUCUCAUCUCUGACAACAUGGACUGUGGCCUGAGCUACAGUGUCAUCUCCUACCUAAAGAAACUCAGCCAGCAGGCCAAAAUUGAGUCCGACCGUCUGAUUACAUCGGUGGGUAAGAAACCCCCUCUGGAGACUGGCAUUAAGGUGAAGAACCAUUCCAGCGCCCUGUCCCUGGCACACCGGCGUGACUUUAAGCAGCUCCUGCAGGGCAUCACCGGGGAGGUGCCACUGCGACUCACCGACAUCAACUUAAAGGAGUUCGCCGGCUUUCAGAUCGCGCUGCUAAACAAGGACCUGAAACCCCAGCCCUAUCGGAAUGCUUAUGACAUUCCGAGACGGAAUCUAUUAGACCAGGUAACCCGGAUGCGUUCCAACCUUCUGAGAACUACUCAGAAGCUAAUCAGAGGCCAAGAUGAAGACUACCUACACAGUAUCCCAGUGGGUCAGAUGGGAAACUAUCAGGAGUAUUUGAAGAUGAUGCCGUCCCCCCUGCGCGAGAUCGACCCAGACCAGCCCAAACGACUGCACACCUUUGGCAAUCCCUUCAAACAGGACAAGAAGGGGAUGAUGAUCGACGAGGCAGACGAGUUCGUAACGGGUCCGCAGAACAAGAAACGAGGCGGCACGGGCGACCCGAACUCAGGCGCGGCGUUAAAGAGACGGAGGAGCAUGUCCCCGCUCCUGCGGCGGCCCCAGAGUCCGUCCAUCAUCACCAAUCACGUGGUGGGAAAAGGGUCCUCGGGGACCCAGGGCCAGGCCGGCCUGAUUAAACCCAUCCCACUUCACAAAGGUGUGGAGGGCAACAGCGUUCUCAGCACAGAGAGUAACGGAGAGAGGGUAUUGGGAGGAGACACGGGUGACAGCUGGCCUGGAGGAGUGGACGGGGUGGGAGGCGGCGCUGCUGGGGUCCCACUGGAGGAGCGGGGCGGCGUAGGAGCGAACGACGGAGGAGAAGACAGGAUGGACGACAGCGUCGGAGAGGACGGCCUGGACGAAAGGCCGUCAGACCGCCAGCAGAACUGUGAGGGACUGAGUCCUCCAGGCCAGGAGGGGGCAGUUGAAGGUGCUGGUGUUGACUCUUCAGCACCUGGAACUGUUAUUAUGAUUCCUCUGGAGGGCAGUAACGCAGAGCUACGCACAAGGGUUAUUAAAGAGGUCCGGAAACCCGGUCGCAAUUACGAGUCGAUAUUCAGGUUGUUGGAGGAGGUGAAGGGGCCUGUAGCAGUGCAGAGGUACUUUAUCCACCAUGCCAUCAAAGAGGCUGCAAGGUUUAAGAAGCGUGUUCUGAUCCAGCAGCUGGAGAACGCCCUGGAAGAAAUCGAGAACAGGCAGACGACGCCCGGCCAACUGAACAACGUCCACGCCAGAUAGUGAAGCGGCCUCGCGUACCACCGUGAGCCGCGAAGAACACGGAGAGCGGGCCGAGCAA